AAGUUCUGAAACGUUUUGGACGACGACGGGCAUGUUCCCCCAGGAAUUCAUUAUUGGUUUCCCUAAAUGCGUGAAAAUCAGCAAAGUUGCAAUUCAGUGUUAUUUGGUGCGGACCUUAAGGAUUGAAAGAAGCGUAUCCAAAGACCCAGUAGAUUUUGAACAGUGUGUUGAAAAAGAUUUGCAGCACACAGAAGGACAGCUGCAGAUGGAAGAAUUCCCACUUCCUGAUUUCCAAGCCACUUACUUGCGUUUCAUUAUCAAAUCUGGCUUUGAUCAUUUUGUAUCAGUGCACCGGGUGAUGGCAGAGGGCACAGCAGAAGACACUUAA